AUUACUGACACUGACGUAAAAGAUGCAAUAUUCAAAUCUGCACCUCAUGAAGCUCCCGGACCUAAUGGCAUUCACUGUCUUUGUCUGAGGCAAGUGUAUUAUGCAAUUCCUACUCCUCUGGUUAAGUUGUUUCAAGCUGUACUGAAGACAGAUUAUCAUCCACAAUGUUGGAGAGAGGCAACUAGAGCUAUAAUCAGAAAACCUAAUAAAGCAGACUACACUGCCCCCGAAGCU